AUUAAAAUAUCAUCUGCAACGAAUAAGUUAAAAUAAUCAAUCAGUUUUAUUACAAGUGACAAACAAACAAACAAACAGGAUGAAAGUAAUAAUAAUUUUAUCCAUUUUUGUUGCAAUUGUUUCAUUUCAACCAUAUGGUAUUAAUGCUGCAAAAUUUAAAUGUCCAGAACCAUUUGGUUAUUAUGAACAUGAAAAUUGUUGGCAAUUUUAUCAAUGUUCAUGGUUUACACCGUUUGUAAUUACCUGUCCACCGUUUACACAAUGGGAUCAACGUAUUCUUACUUGUCGAUAUAUUACCGAUUGUAAACGACCACCAUUAUUUCCAACAACUACGACCCGAAAACCAACAACAACAACCCGUAAACCAAUAACAACAUCUACGACAACAACCACAACCCGUCGACCUACGACCACAACUCGUAAACCGACAACCACAACUGUGGAAUCCACUACAUCAAAUGAUAAUGAUGAUGAUGAAACUACGACAGUAGAAUCGAGUACCGAACAAGAAUCGACAACAUCAAACGAUGAUAAUGAGACCACGACCGCAGAAUCGAGUACCGAACAAGAAACAACAACCACAAACGAUAAUGGUGAUGACAACGAAACCACAACUGUGGAAUCAAGUACAGAAUCAGAAACAACAACCCAAGGCGGCUUUCAAUGUCCUGAACCGUCUGGAUAUUAUGAACAUGAAAAUUGCUGGAUGUUCUAUCAAUGCGGAAAUGGAAUCGCAUAUGAAAUGACCUGUCCAAAAGGUACUCAAUGGAAUCAAACAAUUUUGACUUGCGAUCAUUUAACUGAUUGUGAUCGUCCUGAUAUGGAUGAAACUACGACAACAUCGAAUGAUGAUGACGAUGAAACUACUACAGUAGAAUCAAGUACCGAACAAGAAACUACAACCACAAACGAUGAUGAUGAUAAUAAUGACAACGAAACCACAACUGUGGAAUCCACUACAUCAAAUGAUAAUGAUGAUGAGACCACAACCGCAGAAUCAAGUACUGAACAAGAAACAACAACCACAAACGAUGAUGAUGAUAAUAAUGACAACGAAACCACAACUGUGGAAUCCACUACAUCAAAUGAUAAUGAUGAUGAGACCACAACCGCAGAAUCAAGUACUGAACAAGAAACAACAACCACAAAC